ACAGCUGUCCUGCUCCUAGGAGAAGAAGCCCCGAAGAGAGGAGGUGGUUGGUUCCUGUCUCACUGGCCGGAGCUUCGGUCAUUUCAUCUGGGUCUCUCAGCCCUUGGUGUGGAACGUCCAGGCAGGGUAGAGACUUUCAGAGGUUGGCAAGUUGUCAUGGCGACGAGUGAGGACCCAGAGGAGGAGCAAGUAGUCCCAAAUGAGGAUGAUGAAGCCACCGUGAGGGCAGUGCAGGCCCACUACCUCCGGAGCCCGUCCCCUAGCCAGUAUUCCAUGGUCUCAGAUGCAGAAACAGAAAGCAUUUUCAUGGAACCCAUUCACCUCUCCUCAGCCAUUGCAGCCAAACAGAUCAUCAAUGAAGAGCUCAAGCCACGGGGGGUCAGAGCAGGCGCCGAGUGUCCAGGCAUGCUGGAGUCUGCUGAACAGCUGCUGGUGGAGGACCUGUACAACCGUGUCAGGGAGAAGAUGGAUGACACCAGCCUCUAUAACACGCCCUGCGUCCUGGACCUCCAGCGGACACUAGUUCAGGAUCGCCAAGAGGCUCCCUGGAACGAGGUGGACGAGGUCUGGCCCAACGUCUUCAUAGCUGAGAAGAGUGUGGCUGUGAACAAGGGGAGGCUGAAGAGGCUGGGAAUCACCCACAUUCUCAAUGCUGCGCAUGGCACCGGCGUUUACACUGGCCCCGAAUUCUACACUGGCCUGGAGAUCCAGUACUUGGGUGUGGAGGUGGAUGACUUUCCUGAGGUGGACAUUUCCCAGCAUUUCCGGAAGGCGGCUGAGUUCCUCGAUGAGGCGCUGCUGACCUAUAGAGGGAAAGUCCUGGUCAGCAGCGAAAUGGGCAUCAGCCGGUCAGCAGUGCUGGUGGUCGCCUACCUGAUGAUCUUCCACAACAUGGCCAUCCUGGAGGCUUUGAUGACCGUGCGCAAGAAGCGGGCCAUCUACCCUAACGACGGCUUCCUGAAGCAGCUGCGGGAGCUCAACGAGCAGCUGAUGGAGGAAAGAGAAGAGGACUAUGGGCGGGAGGGGGAAUCAGCUGACGCCGAGGAGGGCGAGGGCACGGGGAGCACGCUCGGGGCCAGAGUGCAUGCCCUGACGGUGGAGGAGGAGGACGACAGCGCCAGCCACCUGAGUGGCUCCUCCCUGGGGAAGGCCAGCCAGGCCUCCAAGCCCCUCACCCUCAUUGACGAGGAGGAGGAGGAGAAACUGUACAAGGAGUGGAAGAAAGGGCAGGGCCUCCCCUCGGGCAAGGUCCCCCAGGGUGGAGGUGGCAGACGCUCAGCCUCCUCUGGCCAGAGUGGGGAGGAGCUCCAGGACGAGGACCAGGACGAGGACGUGGAGAGGAUCAUCCAGGAGUGGCAGAGCCGAAACGAGAGGUACCAAGCAGAAGGGCACCGGAGGUGGGGAAGGGAGGAGGAAGAGGAGGAGGAGAGCGAUGCGGGCUCCUUGGUGGGGAGGCGGCGGCGCACCCUGAGCGAGAGCAGCGCCUGGGAGAGCGUGAGCAGCCACGACAUCUGGGUCUUGAAGCAGCAGCUGGAGCGGAGCCGCCAGAACCGAGGCGGGAGGCGCCGCACAGACUCGGUGUCCUCGGAGAGCACCUGGGACACGUGGAACGAGAGGCUGCUGGAGAUCGAGAAGGAGGCUUCCCGGAGGUACCACGCCAAGAGCAAGAGAGAGGAGGCGGCGGACCUGAGCUCAGAGGCGGGGAGCAGGGUGCGGGAGGACGACGAGGAGAGCGUGGGCUCUGAGGCCAGCUCCUUCUACAAUUUCUGCAGCAGGAACAAGGACAAGCUCACUGCUCUGGAAAGAUGGAAGAUCAAGAGAAUCCAAUUUGGAUUUCACAAGAAAGACUUGGAAGCGGGAGACAGCAGCAGUGAGCCCGGUGCAGAGGAGGCAGCGAGGGAGAAGAAGAACCCCUCCGACAUCAGCCUGACAGCCUACCAGGCCUGGAAGCUGAAACACCAGAAGAAAGUGGGCAGUGAGAACAGGGAGGAGGUGGUGGAGCUCAGCAAGGGGGAGGACUCGGCCUUGGCUAAGAAGAGGCAACGGAGGCUGGAGCUACUGGAGAGAAGCCGGCAGACGCUGGAGGAGAGCCAGUCUAUGGCAGGCUGGGAGGCAGACAGCUCCGCGGCCAGCGGGAGUAUUCCCCUGUCUGCUUUCUGGUCUGCAGCCCCUUCGGUCAGUGCUGAUGGGGACACAGCGUCGGUACUCAGCACCCAGAGCCACCGCUCCCACCUGUCUCAGGCUGCAAGCAAUAUAGUAGGGUGCUCAACCUCCAAUCCAACCACACCCCUGCCUAACCUGCCAGUGGGGCCUGGAGACACCAUUUCCAUUGCCAGUAUCCAGAACUGGAUUGCCAAUGUAGUCAGUGAGACCCUUGCUCAGAAGCAAAAUGAAAUGCUGCUGUUGUCCCGAUCGCCGUCUGUUGCAAGCAUGAAUGCAGCACCAGCGGCCAGCUGCCCCGGGGAUGACCAAGUCUCUAUGCUCAGUGGACAGAGCAGUUCCUCCUUGGGCGGCUGCCUGCUGCCUCAGAGCCGGGCAAGACCCAGCUCUGACAUGCAGUCUGUGCUGUCCUGCAACACCACACUGAGCUCACCGGCCGAAGGUUCCAGGAGCAAAGUGAGGGGGACCAGCAAGCCCAUCUACAGCCUCUUUGCUGACAAUGUGGACCUAAAACGACUUGGCCAGAAGGAGAAGGAGAUGCAGAUGGAGCUUAGGGAGAAGAUGUCUGGGUACAAAAUGGAAAAGCUGGCCUCAGACAAUAAACGCAGCUCCCUCUUCAAGAAGAAGAAGGUCAAGGAAGAUGAGGAUGAUGACAGGGAUGAGGGUGACAGGGAUGAGGACACUGACAGUGCCAUAGGGAGCUUCCGAUAUUCUUCCCGCAGUAAUUCCCAGAAACCCGAAACAGACACAUCGUCCUCACUGGCUGUCUGUGAUCACUAUGCAAGUGGCAGCGGAGUUGGCAAAGAGGUGGAUAGCAGUAUUAAUAAGUGGCUCAGUGGCCUCACGACAGAGGAAAAGCCUCCUUUCCAAAGUGACUGGUCUGGAAGUUCUAGGGGGAAGUAUACCAGAUCAUCCCUGCUCAGGGAGACGGAGUCUAAAUCCUCCAGUUACAAGUUCUCCAAAUCCCAGUCAGAGGAACAGGACACCUCCUCCUACCACGAGGCAAAUGGCAACUCUGUAAGAAGCACUUCGAGGUUCUCAUCUUCCUCCACCAGGGAGGGCAGAGAGAUGCACAAGUUCUCCAGGUCCACGUACAGCGAGACCUCAAGUUCCCGAGAGGAGAGCCCAGAGCCCUACUUCUUCCGCCGGACCCCAGAGCCAUCAGAAAGGGAAGAGUCCCCGGAGCCACAGCACCCAAACUGGGCCAGGUCCAGGGACUGGGAAGAUGUGGAAGAGUCAUCCAAGUCAGACUUCUCUGAAUUUGGAGCCAAGAGGAAAUUCACACAGAGCUUUAUGAGGUCUGAAGAGGAGGGAGAGAAAGAGAGGAUGGAAAACAGAGAAGAAGGGAGGUUUGCAUCUGGACGGCGGUUCCAGUAUCGGAGAAGCACUGACAGGGAGGAAGAGGAAGAAAUGGAUGACGAAGCCAUCAUUGCUGCUUGGAGACGCCGGCAAGAAGAAACCAGGACCAAGCUGCAGAGAAGGAGGGAGGACUGAGCUGGGGAAAAGCUGAGAACACUGAAAGAAACCACUCAGCUUAGCAUAGGGCUCAGGGCAUACAUUGCCACCACCCGUCAAGACAUGAGGAUGCAGAGAGGAUCUUCCGAAGGGGCAGAGCCAAAAUGAGAGGUACCAAGCGUCAGGGUGGCAGAGGUAGAGUAAGGAAGAGGCAAGGACAGGGGGAACCAUCCAUAUGAGGUGUGAUCGCUGGACUGACACCAUUUUCUCUUGCCUCUAAGCUUUGGUGUUUCACUUAAUGUAAUUGAUAGUGUUCAUCACAGACUAGAGAGGUAAGCUUGGAAAAGCAUUGUAGUUUGUCAGAGACUCCAGUUUCCAUCCAGAAAGUCCGUGAACAUAGAACACGGUUUUGUCUGUAGAGGUUUUAUAAUGAGACCCAGCAAGUCUAUCAUGUGGCAAGUCUGACCUCUCCUGGGAACGCUCAAUUCUGAAAAUUUAAAAAAUGUUGAGUCUCCAUUAAAAUGGUAUGUUGGCAAAUAGUUCUUCUUUAUUCUGGUCAUGUUUAGAUCUUUGGAUAUUAGAAGAAAACCACUUUAAAAGACACAAAUGUGUUAUCUGAGCCAGUCUCACCUUGUUUCACAAAAGCUGUGCCUCUAGACAAUGCCAUCAUCGCCUCAUUAUAAAAAAGAACAAGCAAGUAUUUCGCCUAUGAUACAAUACAGCAGGAGACCACACUAGGAAAACCCUUGAGAGUAACAGAGCGAACCAGAGAAGGAGAGAAUGAGUUUUAUUGUGGUGAGAAUGUCAAGAUGUAAAGUAGAGAGAAGGCCUCUCUGAAAGGCAGAAAAACAAAAACAAAGCAUGGGGAGAGAAGAAAAUAAACC